CGUGAACGCGAUGAUGACGAUGAUGAGUGGCGUCGUCAAGAAGCACGCCGUCUCGAAAUCAAAUACCGAGAAGAACUGGCAGCCGCAGACGCUAAAGCGCAACGCGAUGCGGAGGAGCUCCGACAGCAAGAAAAAGCAGAAGAACGAGCUGAGCAAGUUCGACAACAUGCACAACGCAUCCGACAGCAAGAAAAAGCAGAAGAACGAGCUGAGCAAGUUCGACAACAUGAAAAACGCAUCCGACAGCAAGAAGAAGCAGAAGAACGAGCUGAGGAAGUUCGACAACAUGAAGAACGCAUCCGACAGCAAUAAAAAGCAGAAGAACGAGCUGCUGAGCAAGUUCUACAACAUGCACAACGCAUCCGACAGCAAGAAGAAGCAGAAGAACGAGCUGAACAAGUUCGACAACAUGAAGAACGCAUCCGACAGCAAGAAGAAGCAGAAUAACGAGCUGCUGGGCAAGUUCGACAACAUGAAGAACGCAUUGCAGCUCUUCGCGCUGAGGAGGAUCGACUUCGCGCAACACAGGAACGGCUACAGCAGCAGGUGCUAG